AUGCCUGUCGUCUCGCCCUCUAGGUACACCCCUACGUCUUCCACCCUCACAGGAUCGUAUCGGUCCUCUCUAACAUCCUCAUCUAGCAUCGAUAAGCCGUAUUACAGAAAUAGUAGUGGAACCUACGUCACAUCCACACUACGCAGCAGCUAUGGAGAUAGAACAACUGAAUAUAGGUCGAGAUAUAGCGAGGUGGAUGGAAAGAGAGAAAGAAAAACUUCCCUAGUAGAAUAUUCCAGAAGCUCGCGAGCUCCGAGCGUCACAGAUUCAGACAGUUGCAUUUCAAGUAGAUACAGAUCUGAUCGUAGCGAGUCUAGAUCGAGAGAUGUGUCCACAACUAGAAGCGAAAGUUCCAGAACGUCAGAAUUGCGAGGAAAGAGGAAUAUAAUAAGUACUGCGGCGUUGACAAUGUCACCGGCAGAGUUAUACAAUAAAUACUCACCCGCCAAUUACGUGCCAUUGACCCAAAGGAUACAGCAACAACAAAGUCAGAAUAACUAUGGUGAAAUAUCUCGGUCUAAGUCUAUAUCUAACGAUAUAGGUAGACCUCCAGCUUCCGACAGCCGUUCUAGAAAACCUAGAAACUCUGCAGCAACUAUAUCAGAGAAACCUGAAGGCAGAAGAUAUAAGGAAAGCUCACCGACGCCAAGCUACAGCAAACGGAACUCAAUGUCCAACGGUGUGAAGGAUAGCAAUGGUAACGAGGUGCCUUCCGUAUCGGAAAUACGGAAGCGGUUCGACCCAAAAAUGACCGUGACAAAGCUACCAGCGAAUGAGUCGAGAUAUUCUUCUAAAACUAUGGAACAAUAUCUAAAUCAGCUGAAAGAUUGUGAAAAUGGGAGUGUUGGUUAUACUAAAAUUAAUUCUAAAGACGAUCAGCCUGUGCCGGUUCACUUGCCAUACGUAGAAAAGAACGGCUUUAGCCACAGGUGGGAAGGCUCGCCUAAGUCUAGAUCAAAUUCUAAUUCUGAUUUGACAAUUAGUAAAACUAUAUCUGAACCAGUGUCCUUAGCUAAACCAUCAUUAGAUAAAAAUAAUACUAUGUCUGCAUCACUCACAGCAAAACUUCCCUCCGAAAGAUUAGCUAGCAUAAAAAGUCAGUUAGAUCCGAAUAAUCCAAUAGGGAAAAUUCUAGAAAAAUCGACAGUAAUUCAAGUCGAAAAUGGCGAUUUAGAUUAUACUGAUCGUAAGAAAAUACGUAAUAGUCCAGAAGUUAAACUUAAAGAUUUAAAGUCCGAUAUAGAAAAACAAACAAAAACACCGAAACAUACAACAAAUUUUGCAUCCUACAUACAAAUUUCACAACCAAUUGCGUCCGGAGCUACUCCUAAAUCUAAAUCAGAAACAAAUGAAGACACAUUAAGAAAUAAAGAUAGUAAAAAAUCGAUUAAGUAUAUAGAUUCAGAAGAAGAUCGAUUAAUGCUCGAAAAUGAUAUCGAAUCUCCAAGUGGAACUGGUUUUGAGAACAAAACCUUUGAGCAUGAAAACUUUUUAAAGAAGAGAACAGAGAAGAACGAAGAUGAUAUAGCAGAUGGCGUGAAGUCGAUGGAUACGAGUACUGAGAGCACCAUCAGCGAGUCCACAGAAGACUCCAGUCCAGAAACCCCGUCUUCCAGAAGAAAGAUCCUGGAUAUUAAGGACUAUGAACACAUCAAAUCGGAGUUGGCGGGAGGUAAGAGCGGUCCCAGCGGAAUCCGCCGCAGCAGCGAGAGGAGCGACAUCUCGGAACGAAGUGAGAAGUCAAGCCAAACUAGCGGUCUCAACGGUCUCAGAAAUAUUGGCAACACGUGUUUUAUGAACAGCGUGCUUCAGUGCCUUUCAAACACGCGGCCGCUGCUCGAAUACGUAUCUGACGAUAAAUAUUCCGCGGAUAUAAACACUACACUCUCUUGUAUGAAAGGCGCGCUCAUAAAGGCAUUCGCGAGCGUGAUCAAGGAGCUGUGGCGCGGCGGCGAGCGCGACGCCGUCGUCAACACCACCUCGCUCAAGGCGCAGGUGCAGCGCUUCGCGCCGCGCUUCAUGGGCUACAGCCAGCAGGACGCACAGGAGUUUCUCCGGUACUUGCUGGAGGGUCUGCACGAGGACGUGAACCGCGUCACCAUCAAGCCGAAACCCAUACUCACAGAGAUAGAUGACAGUCUUAGCGACACGGCGAAGGCGGGCGAGGCGUGGGCGCGCUACCUGCGCUCGGGGGACUCGCGCGUCGGCGACAUCUUCGUGGGGCAGCUCAAGUCCACGCUGCGCUGCGCGCACUGCCUGCACGACUCCGUCACCUUCGACCCCUUCUGGGACCUCAGCCUGCCAAUCCCGUCGCGCACAGGAAACCUGAAGCUGCAGCAGUGCCUGCAGCACUUCGUGCGCGAGGAGGAGCUCGACGGCGACGAGAAGCCGACGUGCUCGAAGUGCGGCGUGCGGCGCAAGUGCCUCAAGUGGUUCACCGUGCAGAAGUUCCCGCAGGUGCUGGUGCUGCAUCUUAAGCGGUUCUCGCCGACGGAGCGGUUCCGCGGCAAGCUGUCGGUGGUGGUGGAGUUCCCGCUGUCCGGCCUCGACAUGUCGCCCUUCGCCGCCGCGCCCACCGCCGCCGCCGCCGCCACCUACAACCUCUACGCCGUCAGCAACCACUCCGGAACCACGUACUCCGGCCACUACACGGCGUACUGCAAGCACCCCUACACAGGCGACUGGCACGAGUACAACGACUCGCGCGUGUCGAGCAUCAGCCCGCGCAACGUGGUGUCGGCGGAGGCGUACGUGCUGUUCUACGAGCUGGCGCCGCGCGCG